AAUUCUCUACCUCGACAUGAAACUGUUUAUUCUACUCGCACUCUUCGGGAUGCUGGCUUUUAUCAACUGCGACGAAGCAGGAGGUGACGGUGCAGCUGAAGGUGACGGUGCAGCUGAAGGUGACGGUGCAGCUGAAGGUGAUGGUGCAGCUGAAGGUGACGAUGCAGCCGGAGGUGACGAUGCAGCCGGAGGUGAUGAUGCAGCCGGAGGUGACGAUGCAGCCGGAGGUGACGGUGCAGCCGAAGGUGACGAUGCAGCAAAAGACGGAGCAGUUCCGAUGCAGCUUGCCCUCCUCGCCCUCUUCCCUGCUGUGGCCCUAGUUUUCUAGACCAGUUUCAGUUUUACUGAGUUGAGGACUUAUCUAUGUUGAAAGUACGAUUGUUUUGAUAAAUUGUUUCUUGCAAGUGAUUGUGAAGUUGUUUUAAUCAUUCAUUAAUUUUUACCAUUUUUAUUCCCACUCAUGAGAAAAUUUACGAUUA